AUGGCUGGUAUAUACGGCUACAACGAUGGGCGAUCCACUCCACCACCUGCUGACGGUAGUUUCUGCGGCGAUAGAUACAGCAGCUCAUCUGCUGGUGGUAGUGGUGGAUACGGUGGAUCAGGAGACGGUGGAGGAUAUGGCGGUGUAUACGGUGGCCCAGGUUGUGGAGGUGAUUUCGAUUGUCGUGGUGGAUGCGGCAGCGGUGAAUAUGGUAGAUACGGUGGUUUUGGCGGCAGCGGUGGUGUAUACGGUGGUAGGGGAGGCACCGGUGGUGGAUACGGUAGUACGAGUGGCACCGGUGGUUCUGGUGGCAGCGGUGGUGAAUACAGUGGUUCUGGCGGCGGCGGCGGCGGCGGCUUAGCAUAA